AGUGUCUGUUCUGUCAGAGUGAGUGAGUGAGUGAGAGAGAGAGUUUUAGAGUGAGAAAGUGGUGCUUCUAGAGAGAGAGAAUCUCAGGCGUCUGCGCACAUUGAUACACCGAUAGAUACGGCUGGUACAUUCCUAGCGAGGAUGGAGGAUCGAGAGGAGGAAGAGGAGGUGAUGGGGUCGAGCUUGACGAUGGAGAAGGUGGCGGCAGCGAAGCAGUUCAUAGAGAACCACUAUAGAGCUCAGAUGAAGAACAUUCAAGAGCGCAAAGAGAGACGAUGGGUGUUAGAGAGGAAAUUAGCGUCUACAGAUGUGCCUAGGGAGGAAAAGAUCAAUCUAAUCAAAGAUUUAGAGCGAAAAGAGACAGAAUUUAUGCGACUAAAAAGGCACAAGAUAUGCGUUGAUGAUUUUGAGCUUUUAACAAUCAUUGGGAGGGGGGCCUUUGGUGAGGUCCGAUUGUGCCGGGAGAAGAAAUCUGGCAAUAUUUAUGCCAUGAAAAAGUUGAAGAAAUCUGAAAUGGUUAAGAGAGGACAGGUGGAACACGUCAGAGCUGAGAGGAACUUGCUGGCAGAAGUUGCCAGCCAUUGCAUAGUGAAGCUUUAUUACUCAUUUCAGGAUGCUGAGUACUUAUAUUUGAUUAUGGAAUAUCUGCCUGGUGGCGACAUGAUGACUCUACUGAUGAGGGAAGACACCUUAACAGAAAAUGUGGCUAGAUUUUACAUUGCACAGAGUGUCCUGGCCAUAGAGUCUAUUCACAAACAUAAUUACAUUCACAGGGAUAUUAAGCCUGACAACCUUCUCCUGGACAAGUAUGGCCAUAUGAAGCUCUCAGAUUUUGGCCUCUGCAAGCCUCUUGAUUGUACUACUUUAUCUACACUGCAUGAAAAUAGUGUCAUGGAUGAUGAAAACUCGAGAGAUCCAAUGGACAUUGAUGGUUGUUUUCCUGAUGCGGGUAAUGGGAGUACUUGGAAAAGCCCUCUUGAACAGCUUCAGCACUGGCAAAUGAACAGAAGAAAGUUGGCAUUUUCAACUGUGGGAACACCAGAUUACAUAGCUCCUGAAGUACUACUGAAAAAGGGAUAUGGAAUGGAAUGUGACUGGUGGUCACUGGGAGCAAUAAUGUAUGAAAUGCUUGUUGGUUACCCUCCAUUUUAUUCAGAUGACCCGAUAACCACAUGCAGAAAGAUCGUUCAUUGGAAAAAUCAAUUAAAAUUUCCAGAAGAUGCAAAGUUGACGUUUGAGGCUAAGGAUCUUAUUUGCAGGUUGCUGUGUGAUGUUGAACAUAGGCUAGGUACUGGAGGUGCACACCAAAUUAAAGCUCAUCCUUGGUUCAAGGAUGUCUUAUGGGAGAAACUCUAUGAAAUGGAAGCAGCAUUCAUGCCAGAAGUCAAUGGGGAGCUAGAUACACAGAACUUUAUGAAGUUUGAUGAAUUGGAUUCUCCAAUCCCUGCAAGGAGUGGCUCGGGCCCCUCACGAAAGAUGCCAUUAACUACAAAAGAUCUAAGCUUUGUUGGCUAUACAUACAAGAAUUUUGAUGCUGUGAAAGGCUCUUCUGGUCUCAAAAGAAGCACGUCGCUGAAACAGCCAUCAACUGAUUCUAUACAUAGUAAGGAAUCAUUAUUUUUUCCUCCAAAUUAUACUACUAAACGGACUGUUGGGGAAACAGAGGCGCAGAUACUCACAUCCUCAGGCGAUCCCAUGUUAUCAUAAAAAUAAAAUUACGUGGUGACAAAAUGGCAAGUUCAUAAUCUGGAUCUGCAUAUGCCUACUGCUUCCGUAAAUCUUCCUUUCUUCUUAAUUGGCUGCCAUGCAAUUGCCAUAAUCACAUCUUAGUGUACAGCAAUAUUGAAGAGCUUAAGAGGCCAGUUGAGAGAAAGAGAAGACUUUGGCUGGAACAAUUUGUGUAUUAGAGUUAAGAGUUUAGAGCAGGGAGUUGGAACAUGUGUCCUGGCUGCCCAGGUUGGCAGUGGUAUAUUUGCCUUCUCUAGUGGCAGUUCUUGGUCAAAUUUUAAUGGAUGCCAAAUCACCAGGAAACUCAAUAGACGUGUUAAUUACUGUGUGAGUGUGUGCAAGCUUGGACAAACUAGCUAUUGAAGUAUAUUAAUGGCAAAAGAAAAGAGCUAUUUGGAA